CCGCCCGCCGGCGAACCGGAGCUCCAGGCCCAUCCCCGGCUGCCCCGCUCCGGAAGCCGUUCGUCCCCGAACCAACUUAUUUCCAGCUGAAUCGCCUCUCCGCCCCCGGAUCUCCCUCCGCAUCCGCAUCCUCUCCGUGAGAGUGCCCCCCGAUGGCUGGAUACGUUUCAAGAGGACCGCCAAAUGGUUCUAUUUACGUAUGCAAUCUGCCUCCAGGAACUGAUGAGACCAUGUUGGCUGAAUAUUUUGGUACUAUAGGGUUGCUUAAGAAGGACAAAAGGACUGGCCAACCAAAAAUCUGGAUAUAUAGGGACAAAGCUACAAAUGAACCAAAGGGUGACGCCACAGUCACUUACGAGGAUCAGCAUGCUGCUUCAGCAGCCGUUGAAUGGUUCAACAAUAAAGAUUUCCAUGGAAGCAUCAUUCAGGUUCACAUAGCCGUGUCGAAAAACAAAGAUACAUCUUCUGAUAACUCCAUGAAUUUGAGUGUCACUGCUGACCUUGUUGAACAAGAUGAAUUGGAUAACGGGUCAGGCAGAGGUAGUGGACGUGGUGAUGGUCCAGCAAAAGCUUGGCAGCAAGAUGGAGACUGGAUGUGUCCAAAUGCAAGUUGUGGCAAUGUAAAUUUUGCCUUCCGUGGUGUUUGUAAUCGCUGCGGAGCCUCCCGUCCUGCUGGUGUUAGUGGAUCAGGAGGUGGUGGUGGUAGAGGCAGAGGCCGUGGUAGCGACGAUGCAAGAGGAAACAGUCGUGCUCCUGCUGUUGGUGGUCCUCCUGGGCUGUUUGGUCCAAAUGAUUGGCCAUGUACGAUGUGUGGCAACGUGAACUGGGCAAAGCGGACCAAAUGUAAUGUCUGCAACACGAGCAAGCCAGGUCACAAUGAAGGUGGUGUGAGAGGUGGUCGGGGUGGUGGCUAUAAAGAACUUGAUGAAGAAGAACUAGAAGAAGUUCGAAGGCGCCGGAAAGAGGCUGAGGAAGAUGAUGGAGAAAUUUAUGACGAAUUUGGUAAUCUCAAAAAGAAGUUCCGUAUUAAAUCACAGCAAACUGAAAGUGCACCAGCUCUUCCUCAGUCUGGACGUGCUGGAUGGGAAGUAGAGCACAGAGGUUCCACUGAAAGAGAAAGCCGAGAGAGGAGCAGAGACCGGGGCAGGGACGCCUACGAUGAAAGGGAAAGCAGGAACAGAGACAGAGGUGGCCAUGGAAGAGAGCGGCGCCGUAGCCGAAGCCGGAGUAGGGACCGCGAGAAGGAAAGGGGGAGAGACCGGGGCAGGGAUCACGGAAGUGACAGAAGUUGGGAGCGUGGCAGUGAGCGUGGCCAUGAUCGCUACAGAUGAAAAAUAUGGCAUUGUUUUCGAUACUUCGGUUGCCUACUCCAGCCUUUUGUUUUAUGAAUCUUCAGUUAUGAUGUUGGAGAGCUGUGGUGCUUCACACUUUGUUAUUAUCUUGGGACAAGCAUUAUUAUUAACUGCUGCAGUGUGGCUUUUUAUCAGUUUGUCGGGCUGGUACACCUGUGGGUUUAGGUUGAGUUCUGAGAACAUAACGGGUUGACCUUUAAUGAACUCAGACCUGCAAUUGGUCAUAUGGCUCGCAA